AUGGAUGUCUCUGAGAAGAACACGGCGACUCCAUCACCCGCCAAAGUCAAGAGGCGAGCGAACUGGUUCAUUCCGAUUCUUUUUGCCAUCGAGUUUGUGCUAGCCUGCCUCGUCCUCGGCUUCACUGUCGAUACUUUUCAGUACAAAGUCAAGACACAUACAUGGGACUCUACCACGGAACGAAAUAGGAUAUGUUUCUUGAUAUUUUCCGCCGUGCGGACAAUCGCGCUUGCAGCCGUCUAUAUUGGCUUUGGUUUUGCUCAGAAGUACUUUCAUUCGAUGCACCAUACCAUAUUCGUCGUCCUGAGCACUAUAUUCUGGAUCGUUUCAGGAGUUCUUAUCCACACCCUUUUCGGUCUCAUCGAGUGUGGCGGCGUAGGACGUGUCGCUGGAGGUCUGAGUGAAUGUCAUGAACUCAAGAUCAUCGAGUGGCUUUCUUGGGCUAUCGCGCUGGUCAGCGUAAUUGCUUCCUUCCCCGUACUUGCUCGUGCAUGGAGUGAUUGGAAGAUGAAGAAGCAGAGGCGGGCGAAUGAGAAGAGCGGGUAUCCGCGACAUGGUUUCGUUGUUUGA